GUUCCUACCAGUGGUUCCUACGCGCACGCAGCGGCACUGUCAUCGCAAUCAACGCCAAUGACAACUUUCGGCUACUGCCGCUGCUACUGCUAGGCAGCUGCUGCUGUGGUGUGUGCGGCUCGCUGUGUUUCCGUGGAGGUGGUGGUGGUAGUUGUGUUGCGACCGUCCGAGGUUGACAGAAAAACACCGCGUCUGCCCGUGGCCCGAGGGUACACCGCACGCAUACGAACGGGGCUCUCAGAAACGAGCCUCGUUUCCACCAUGUCUACGCUACCGCUUCCCAAGGCGCUGACGCAGCGCAGGACCAACAGUUUGGAUCAGGAGAAAGAGAACUUUGAGAAGUCCCAAGCUGUCAGCAUCAGCAAAGCCAUCAACUCCCAGGAAUGCCCAGUGAAAGAGAAGCACGUCAGGAGCCUGAUAAUCGGCACAUUCCACGAGAAAGGUGCCCACACCUUCUGGAGCCUGGUGAUGAAGCUCCCUCUGCAGGAGAACCCCAUCGUCUGCUGGAAGUGCUGCCACGUGGUGCACAAACUGCUCCGCGAGGGAUACCACCGGGCGAUUCCUGAUUCCCUUCGCUAUCGCCAGACAUUCCUGGAGUACGGCAAACUUUGGGGCCUACUCAAAGAAGGUUAUGGAAAGCUGAUCCAGUGCUACUGCCGUCUCAUUGUAGCCAAGCUCAAUUUUCACUACAGGAAUCCCAAGUUUCCUGGCAACUUAACCGUAACAGAUGAAGCCUUGGAUGACAUAGGUGAAGGGGAUGUCAAUGUUUUCUUUCAACUGACGUGUGAGAUGUUUGACUACAUGGAUGAGAUCCUGGCUCUUCAGCAGGCAGUGUUUGGCUCCCUGGACAUGGCACGCUCCAACUCCAUGACCAACUCGGGCCAGUGCCGCCUGGCACCUCUGAUCCCCUGCAUCCAGGACUCGAGCCAGCUGUACGACUACACGGUCAAGGUCCUCUUCAAGCUGCACGCUGCCCUGCCAGGUGAUACCCUCCUCGGCCACAGAGAGCGCUUUCUCAAGCAGUUCAAACUGUUGCAGCAGUUCUACCUGAACUCUGUGAACCUGCAGUACUUCAAGCACCUGAUUCAGGUUCCCCUCCUACCAGAGAAGCCGCCAAACUUCCUGAUAGCGUCAGACCUGAGCUCUCACGUAAGCCCCGUGGUGGUGCUGCCACCUCAGAAUGAGACACCCGAGAACGAAACGGUGGAUGCUACCCUGGUGGACACAUCUGUGCCACCAGCACCAGACAAGUUGCAGCAGAUGUUUGGUGCUGCAGGAGACAGGGCUGAGCUGAACAACUCCACAAGCGAUGAGGCUGAAAAGGAUCGGCUGAUAGCGCGGCUGCUGCGCGAGAACUCUGAGCUGAGGAUGGAGCUGCAGCGAGUCCAACUGGAAGACCAGCGAUACAUCGACGACCUCAAGCGGCACGUGGUCGCUCUCGAGGCACAGGUCGCCGAGCAUGAGCGGACCAUCCGGCACCUAAACAAGGAGACGGAGGCAUUGCAGACGACGGCCUCGACGGGUAGCGAUGCAUCCAGGAAAGCCGAGGAGGCCGAGAAGAGGGCCAAGAGCAACGAGGAGAAGUUCCACAAGAUGAAGGAGGUCUACAACCAGCUUCGGGAGGAGCACAUUGUCCUGCUCAGGGCGAAAGCAGACAUUGAGAAGCAGCUUGUCUCCGCGAAGGUGGCCGCGGAAGGUGCCGAGAAAGUACGUCAGGAUCUGGGGGAGCAGCUGAGGCAGGCUCGCGAGGAGAAGAGGACAGCCGAGGAACAGCUAGGUGGUUUGGCCGCCCGAGGUGCUGAGGCGGAGACCCUGACUAGAGACAAUCAGACCCUACGAGAAAACAUUCAGAGCCUGGAGGAGCGCGUCAAGGAGCUUCAGGCGGAGAUGGCACGUGAUCGACAAGAACAAGAGGCGGCCAUGGCAGCACUCGGGGAGAGCCACACCCAGGCACAGCAGAGGCUACAGCAGGAGAGCCUUGCAGCUCUGCUGCGUAUGCUCGCGGGAGUGGUGCAGGAAGGGGAGGCCAUUGUGGGUGCCUCGCUUGAAGACAUGGACCGGCCUGGCCGUCAAGGCUACAUGGGCACACCUGAGACCCUGCUGCAGCAGACGCUCGUGGUGUCACAGGCAUUGGACAAGUUCAAAGCUGGCUUUGAGAAGUUUGAAGAGAACAACGAAGAUGCAGAGGAGCUGAUCUGUUCAGUGUGUCCUCUGGCCCAUGUUGUAUCGCAGCUGAUGGCAGCAGGCAAAGGCGUGUCACAAGUGUCCCCAAACAUUGAGCUUGGAGAUGAGCUCGCCUCAGCUUGUCGUCUCCUGGGAACAGAGUCGCUGGCACUUCUCAAAUCUCUCAAGACUGAAGGUGGCGGAGCAGCCUGCGGCAACGAAAUGCGCGCACGGUUGGAUGCCGUGCACGCGUCUCUUGAAGCCGUGGCUCGAGCGAGCGGUGGCCUGUCCAAUUCCUUGGGCGAGGCGGACACCCAGAAGCUGGGAGAUCUUCUGGAAGACGAGCUGGCACAGAUGGACCGUGCCAUUGACGAGGCCGCUCAGCGCAUCCAGGACAUGCUGAACAAGUCGCGAGAGGGUGACUCGGGUAUUAAGCUGGAAGUGAACAGCAAGAUCCUCGAUGCCUGCACGGGGCUCAUGCAGGCGAUCCGAGAACUGGUCAAGAGCUCCAAACACCUCCAGGAAGAAAUAGUUGCGAAGGAGAAGGGCUCUGCGUCAAAGAAGGAGUUCUACAGUCGGAACCACCGCUGGACUGAGGGUCUGAUCUCAGCCGCCAAGGUGGUUGGCCUUGGCGCUAAGUUCCUCGUGGAUGCGGCAGACCGUGUUGUGUCAAGCGGUGGUGGUAAGUUUGAGGAACUGGUGGUGGCCAGCCAGGAGAUUGCAGGUGCCACUGCACAGCUGGUGGUAGCCUCGCGCGUGAAGGCUGACCGUGGCUCAGCUCGGCUAGCAGCACUAGGGGCGGCCUCCAAGGGCGUCUCUCAGGCGACGGGGAAUGUGGUGGCCACUGCCAAGGCUUGUGCUCAUCUUGUUGAAGAUUCGGAAGUGCUCGAUUUCUCCAGAAUUACACUACACCAGGCCAAGAGACUAGAGAUGGAGUCACAGGUCCGUGUACUGGAGCUCGAGAGCAGCCUGGAGCGGGAGCGUGUUCAGUUGGCGGCACUUCGCAAGCGCCACUAUCAUCUGGCUGGAGCCAGCGAGGGAUGGGACGAUGCACCUGAGUCAAAUGGCACAACAGCCGGGUAGCCAUUCAAGUCACCUAAUUUAAACACCAUACGUACACAUGUGCAAGGGAGCAUCUAGUUUGACACAUUUCACUGCUCCGCGACGUUCUUCGCCUGUGGCCCGUUCAUCCGAAAAAAAACGUGAAAGCCCCAUCCGGCACAACUGGAAAUGCCACCUGCUAUAGAUGCGCGAAAUGUUGUCACACCCAUCCCUUUUUCCAAGGUCAUGCUUGGUGUGGACUUCGGGAUCUUCGGUAAUCGAUCGCGGGUGAUUUUUUUUUCUGGAAAGACAAGGAUUUGGCUGAAUUUAAAAAUUCUGGCACAAUUUGUGUGGAUAGCAUAUACUCAACAUUACCGUCACUCCAUGUAGACUGCAUGUCCUCAGGAACGUGUUAGGUUCUACAAACUGUGUUUGGUUUCAGCCACUCUGUGGUUUCUUCAUAGUACUGGUAGCUUUUGUUGAGUCGCUACUCUGAUCAGUGGUGUGGAACCAAUCGAUGCCUCAUCCUACACCUUUUGUAUUGCACCUCGUUCAGGUAGCGUGGAGUGGCACUGCGGAGUGCAGCAGCAACCAUCACGUGCCACCGCGGAUAGUGCCGCUACUUUUAUGACAGAAGUGACACUUUCAUGUUUCAACUGGCGAAGUGUGGCGAGAUGCAGGGAUGUGCUAGAAAUAGUCCCGCACGCUCACUUGUCGCGUUCGCGCUGAACGCGAAUUGCGAGCUUCGUGUCGAUUAGGCCGCGUUUUCUGUGCAGCACGUGUGCGCCAGAAGGCAUUUCGUAGCAUGUUUGGUGUGGCUGCCGUGCCGGCAGACGCACAUAGACUCUUGCAGUACUCGGUUUGUACAUAGAGAACUCGCGUUGGGGCGAAUGUCUUUUUAAGCCAUCUUUAGGCUGUUCUUCUUGAAAAGUGAAGCGCUGAAUGAAAGUGAAAGUUUUAUAGUUAAUGUAUUCCAAUGUAGGAAACAGUGAGGCAAAGAUGACAAGCAGAGCGAGAUUUGUUUUUGUUCGAUCUGUAUGCCGUUUUCGUGCAAAGGUAACGAUAUUGUGGUUUGUUUAAUUUUUUGUUAUUUCUUCUACACCAAGGGAGCAGCACAAAGCAGCUUCACCCCACAAAUGAUUGUGGGGUGAAGUGACUUCAUGACUUUUGCACUCAGACCACCUACUUAAUGACAUUCUUUAGCCUUUAGUUAGUAAGGAACUGAGGUUAGAUAACCAGUGGGAUAAUUGAGGAAGAAAAUAAUGAAAAGUUAGUAACCUGUGAAGGUCCUUGUAUUUUAAGAUAGGCCUGAGAUCAUUGGCACACACGUGGGGCUGUCUGCGUGACCCCUCAUCACAAGUGUUGUCCAUUUGAUCGCUUUUCUUUUUUUCUUUGUUAUUCUGGAAGUGAGAAGAGGCGGCAAGGGCGAAUACUGGGAAUUGUGAUUUAGUUCCUGUUCUUAGAGCUGCACCACAGACCACAAAACAUCUGGUCGCCAGUUGGCAUUGAAAAUUAUGACUUCAAUAUCGCUUACUGGGUGGUAUCACACGGCAAAUAGUGUGUAUAUAUCGAUCGAUUGGUCGUGUCAUUAGUGUUGACAGAAUUAUAUUUCAUGCAAAUUACAUACUGUUAGUUUGGACCCUAGCCAUAACAGCUAGCAUUAGAUUGAGCUCUGAAAUUUUCUAAAUAUGGAGCGUGCAUCAACAGAAGUUAUACGGCAUGGCUUGUAUAUGCCAGGGUAUAAAAGUACAUUAGGGCCUGAAUAUAGCGCAAUCAGUACCAACUUGCCCACCUGUUCGUUUUGCUUCACUUUUAAAUGUGCAGUCAAACUAAUUGCCAAGCUGAGCAAUCACUUGUUUUGAGCCCUCUAAGGAAAGAUUGGCAAUGGAUCGUUAAAUAGAAUGAAUAGUUAAAUGUACUGUACGUUAGCUUUAUUCGUGACUCAGGCCUUUUAAGCUCUUGGUUUUUCUGGUGGCAGAUGAACCGUUGCAGCAAAAUGUGUAACAUCUGUAUUUCUGCGCUGGUGUGGCUUUUUUUUUUCUAGUAAUUUUUUUUUUUGUUAUUGUGUGCAACAGGGCCAGGUAAUUGAGCGCUGGUGCCAUUCGUUGUCAGGAAUGUUUAUGUACACUCGAUAUUGCUGCUUCUUGAUUCAGUCCUUUUAAGCUCGCUUGGGCUGCGUUGGGUAAAGGAUCUCUGAUAAUUUGGUUAGCUUUCUCGGGGCAACAGCCAAUCAGGGGAAGUUCAUUUCAUUUAUUUGGUUUCAUUCGACUUCUUGCGUGCUUUUUAGGAUUCUUACAGGAAUGCAGCUAAAAUAAGCUAACAUUCAUUUGCUUACACAUCUUUUUUUUUUUUUUUUCGUUAAAAGGGAAUUCGUUCAAGGUACAAAUUUGGUCCCUCUAAAAUUACCGAAUUAUUCAAUCUCCGACGAAUGCGGAUCAGCUUGUGGGGGAUGCAAGUGCAGUUAUUAAGUCGCUCUGGUUUUUAUAUUUCUGUUUCAUUUUGUUUAUAUAUAGUACUUCAAUAGUAGCAUUGAAAAAAAUACUAUUUGUUAUGCAUUGAAUUGUUUGCUCAAUACACAUGCAAUGUAAUGAAUCGCAUUAGGAACUUGCUGAUAAUAGCUUAAGAAGAAAUGACCCCUUAUUCUCUUGCCAUCUUGUAUUGUUGCAAGUGUAUCUCUCUGUAUUUUCUUACUUUUUUAUCUUCAGAAAAGUACAAUGUUGGUCUCUGUUCACAGUAGUGUGGGAUGGUAUCAUUUACACAUGUGUAAUCUUGUUCAUGUGUGUCUCGUUUACUCUAUUUUACAUAUCCUCACUUUUUUUUCAUCGCAGUGACCUUUUCCAACGUCUUUCUUUUGAUGUAUGUAGUUACGACUGAGCCCUCGCUUCUUUUAUCUCAUGUCUCGUUGUACCUGAGCUGUAACCAAAGAUAGAUUGAAAUAUCUAGUAGAUGCUCGUGUCAUACUCGCAGCGUACUGAUGUGCUGACAACUGAUUAUUGCCUCCAGAUUGACGUUUACAACAUAGAUGCACUGACAGUGCAUUCCUCCAUUUGCUGACGUUGCUGACGCUUGUAACCAUGGUUGAGAUUAGUCGUCAGGUUGAUCGCAUGCAGGCAUGUUGACUGGCAGGCCUGCUUAUGACCAAUGUCGCUGCCAACUCCCAAUUUUUAUGCCUUGCAUCAACGUAUUCCUGUUAGAAGUUGAGGCAUGUUAACGAGCCCUGCAGCACUUUCGGCACGAAACAAGCCACUUACGAGCGUUGCGAAGCCUUCCAUGUUUGUAAAAACCCAAGAAGGCGAGCACAAGUUGCAGAAUCUUCUCAUAAGUAUCUUUUUUUUUUUAGUGAUAGACUGAAUAUUUAGUUGGGCACUAGUGAUGUUCCAUUUCAUUUAGGAAAGAAACAAUGCUGCCUUGACCCUCUGCACUACAUAUUGCAGCUAAGCCCGGCUUUUAAGGUUGGUGGCAUAACAGGCACCGUUUGCUGCGUACACGCUCUACCUCUUGCACCACUCAAUCACAUCUAAAUAAAUUAUCAGUGAUACCUAAAGAUUAAGAAGAUUGAGUGCACUUUAUUGCAGCUACUGGUGUUAAGUCUACCUCCUUAACAGAGAAACUUCAUUUGAAAUUGAGGGAAGUGUCAAUGAGUAUAGACUAGCCGGCACAUUACCUUGUUUAAUUUAGGCGCUACUUGUAAAAUGACGUGAAUGUGAUCGAUUGGCUCGAGUGAAAACAAGGCAGCACUGUUCCUGAAGUGCCUAAAAGUAACAAACUAGUGGUCAAUGGUUUGUGGCAGCCUUCUGUUGAGUAUUACAUAUUUUGAUUGUUAAGUACCGCUCUCAAGGCCAUACAUGUCGAUGUACAUAGAAAUGAUUUAGGUGACAGUCUUCGUGGGUGGGUGUCUUCUGCGGCAAUGGUUGCUAGCCUUUUCUAUCUAACAGCCUGUCAUUGGCACUAAAGAUGUACUAAAUUUGCUCAUUAGAGUAUCCAUCUAAUGGAUUCACUGUAGCCAGCAGUUACAUAAAAGCUUGUUGCAGGUGGACAGAAUCCUAUUUGUCUUUGCUUGAAAGUUCAAGGAUGACAGCGUGUUUGAGUGUACGAAGACUAAUAACUGUUAAGGUAGUGCUGCAGAUUCAGGUGGUUUCAUUUUUCAUGUUAUAUCUGGUGUUAAAUAUAAUGUGAACACCACAUACAUUGUGUUACGUAUUGUACAUUUUUACAUAAAUGUCACAUAUAGCUCGAGAGAAAGCUACAGGGGGAAGUGAAUGAAAAAAAAAAAAGGAGCUACAAGUCAGUGUCACGUUUAUCAAAAGUGUGUAGCAAUUCUCUAUACUAUUCUCAUAAAUUUUGGGUCAUUGGUGAUAAUUAUGCUUGGUAAUUCUGGCUACAUUGGAAAGUCUUGAAAAGCCACUGAUGCUUUCAUAAAGCUUUAAUUUAACUAACAUUUUGAUUCAUUCAAAUAUCUUUCAUAGUCUCGCCAAUGCAGGGUUCGUAGAAGUUAACUAUGUUGGAUUGAUACAGACUUAACUAAUACUACUGAAUGAUAAUAACACUCAUUAAGCCAGUUGGUGCGUUGCAUCAAGGAAAUAAAGCCAAAAAUUAACGUGCACAAGAAACGAAGGACACUUUUCUGUUUCCUGUGUACGUUCAUUUUUUGGCUGGAUAUGCUUUCUUGAUACUAUGAUGUGCCUAGUAUGAAAUUUUCAUCAUUUUUAUAUACGACGUGGGCUGCUGAAUUUAAUUGUCAGUACGAAUGGUAUGGGGAAUGGCUGCCUUGCAGAGUCUGUCGCAUCACAACCUGAGAUUUUUAUAUAGGCACCAACUGUUGGCUUUAAAACAGAGGCCUUAAGUUUAUUCACGUACAGAGGGUGUUUUUUUCUAUAAGAAAUGAAUAGCUGUAGGCAAGUACAGCCCAAAUACAGUUGGGCGAGUGUUACAAAUUGACACAGCAGCACUCUCAGUAGUGUCGCGUGUGUACAUUGGCCAUCAAAAGUUUACUCAUCUCUAAAUAUUUGAGCCCUGAAAUUUUUCGGGGCAGUUUAUAUGACUUUAUUCAGCAAAGUCGUGCAAUUCUGGUUCGUCUAUAUAUACCAAGACAUGUUUUAAAUGGCAGAGCGCUAUGCUGCUGAAAUGCCUUUUUUUUUUCUCCGAUCCAGCAGCCUGUUCAUGUUUUAUGCUGAUUCUACAAUCUGUCACCAGAGCGUCAAAGCAGUGUCACCUGAACUGAGUAUAGUGGCUUGUUUAUGUUCAGCAGCCCGAGCAAAAGCUGGACUCCAAGGUCAGAGCCCAUCACAGUCUAGGGUGCUUCAUCUGCGGACGAUAGUUUGCAGGCUACACCAUGACUCAAAACUUGCCAUUAUUAAUCUUUCAGAUUUUGUGUAGGUGAGUGAACAACAUGCUUGCCUUAAGGAGUAUGCUGUGCGAGUUUCUUGGCAGAAUUGCAGACAGCCUGGUACGUUUGCGCUGAGUGCAUGGUAGGCCUACGUGACGGAAGUGUUACCCAAGACAUCUGGCAACAUCAGACGUGCAUCCACAUAAGGGUUAGGCUUCUGAUACUCAAUUACAAAGCACCUGUGAACGGUUCACAAAGAGUCACCAUCGAGCGUUAGACUCAUUUUGUACGAAACGAACAAAGGAAUGUACGUAGUACAUUUAGCAGCGGUGGACUAUGUAGCACAAAAUGCAAUGUAACGAUGAACCAGCUAGUGUUGAUGUUAGCUGGCUGUUCUCAAGACUGGCCUAUUAGCCACCGCCACCUAAUUGUUGUGUAUGUGCAUUAGCCUGUUAGAGCUCUUGUGGGUAGUGCAUAUUAAAGUGUGACCAGUUUAGGCUGCAUGCCUCUUGUUGAAUUGGGAUUGGGUGCCAUAUGGUUUGCCGUUUUUUUUUUCCUCUUUGUAAAUGAAUUCAUUAAAUUUAACUUGACAUUGGCAUUUGUUUCACAUACUGUGAAGUAGUAUUGAUUUAAAAAUCCCCUUUAAAAUGUUCUUGCUCAGCAUUUCUGCAGAAGUAAUGACAACCUUGAUGUGUCAUGUGAAAUUAGCAUUCAGGAGCGACAUUAGGGAAUAAUAAAACUUGAUGGAAACUUACAAUGCCAUGAUAUGCACGGCAUCAGACUGAUGUAUCAAUAUUUUUGUUUCAGCGUGAAAAUCAAAAAGUGCAGUAAUGUCCUUUUAUUGCUCUCAAAAUAAUGAACCUAGAAUCACAAUCUUAAUUAUGCUAUGUAGUUUUCAAUAAAUACUCAGUCUAAGCUGAUAAAAUGUCAAUUUGGUGUCAUUUCAACAUUGCACGCAAGCUUUCAGCAAGCCAUAAUGGGUGCAAAUGCGUAAAAUGUCUUUCGUUUUAUAAAUGUUUGACGAGGCGCAAUUUCAAUCGCAACUAACCCCGAUUGGUGUAAGGUUUCUCGUUGCAAUUCGUUCAUUUGUGUCAUAUAUUUGUGGGAGGCAGUCAAGAAAUUCAGUCCCAGUAGGAGCUUGAUCGUGAUUUAGAGCGGCCCAUGUGACACUCGUAAUACAUUUCAAACGCACGUGCAUGUUUGACCAGAGCUAUUGCAUCAUAAAGAGUGCAGUGAUUUGCGAGCACUUCUUCAUUGCACCCAGUCUCUUGACAAGGGCUAACAGCAGAGCGUUGUUGUUGAGAUGAGCAGGUUCGAUGUAUAGAACAUGUAGAAUAGAGGUGUGGAACACUGUAGAAGUUGCGUGUAUGUGCCUAGAGUCUGUUUCGUGUGUUAUGUUGGGAAGUACGCUGCAGAUGUCUAUUUCAUGUUAGGGGGUAAAUGUAGGACUGCACUUGCAGUUUUACAUUUAGUGCGUGUGCCACGCACUAAACAUGACAGAUCACGCACAUUCAUGACACGCAAAUCAGGCACAUUCAUGACAAAUCUGCUGAAAGAAGCUCUCUUUUUUAACAAUGUCAUGAAUGUUUGCUUAGAAAGCUAAUAAUGAAAAACGUUGACAUUCAAGGUCGUUUGGAUUACUUUUUCAACAAACCAAAUUGUACGCUUGUUUCACUUUAGCGAUUGGGUAAGCGUUCAUUCUAUUUGUACUGCACUUUUCUUGCUUGGCAAGUUUCCAUUUAAAACAAAGCUACAUCUUCUAGGUAACGUCGCAUUAUAGCGUAUGAUGCACACACAAAAAAUUUCGCCGCACCAGGGGCGGAUCCAGCCACUCAUUUUAGGGGUAGGUGGAGGGGGGCUGCCUGAAGUAACAUUGGAGAGGGAGACAUGGUAAUGACUUCUUGUUUUUACGAGCAUAAAUAUUGGUAAUGUGUGGUCACCGUAGUUCCACUCUUUUGCCCAAAUUCGUGAUAGUAGGUAGGACUACGAGCACUUAACGUGAGAAGGGGGGUUGCUGACACAGUCUUUGGGAGGAGGGAUCGCCCCUACCGACCCCCCUACUUUGGAUCGGUCAGUGCACUGCACCUUACCUCGGCAGGGUGUAGUACUGGCAGUGACAUUGGUCCUACUUAGGAUAAUUGAAGUAAUGUAAUGCCUUAUGUUUAGUUUAAUUUUGGAGCAAGCAUGCCAUCCUAAUAUUAUUACAAGCACUCAACUUUUACAAGCUUCAUGCACAGUUGUAACUGACAAACUGGCAUGUGCAUUUUGCAUGGAGGAAGCCAUAAAGUUUGUAAUUUUUGCUUCGUUAUGCAGUGUAAUGGUAAUUGCUUAUGUUGUUCUUGCAUGUGCAAGUUCGUCAUAUGUGCAUUCACAGGUAAGCACAUGCGUAAUAUGUACAACUGCAACAUCUAAGUGCAGUUUAAAUCUCAGGGACAGUGAAACAGACUGUAUCGAUGACGCUUUCCACAAAGAGGCGUAGUAGUUGGCUUGUUGGGAGAAAUGAGUGCUCAUGAGUAGAUUACUUAGCAGGCUUAUAGUGCACUCACAGGGAAUCAGUAUAUCUACCAUGCUUUCGUCAACCAUUUUUAUACCAGAACCCUCUGCAUGGCAGUUCCACCCCUUCCCUGUUUAAUGCUAGUCGGUGUUAAACAGUAGUGAAUAGUUGAUAAGCUGUAAGUUUAGUUUGAGAUAGUUUCUGAUCUGGUGGUAAUGCGGCGGUAAGAUUUGCAACCUAAUGCAGACUUGUGCUUUUGGUUAUUUAAGCUUCGUAUAAUCAUUGAUGGAAGGGUUUCCACUUUUCAUUACUGGUCAUUAUGAUAGCUUACAGCUAAUACAUCAAGUGGAGUAUCGCGCUUAGCACUGAGACUGUAACGAUGAGCUUUCUAUGCGAGCGAGAACAUUUCUCUUUAUUUUCAAUUGCUUGAAGGGGCAAUAAGGUGUCGAUGUAGUGGGUGGGCAUGCUAUGUACUGCAUAAUUCACUGUUAAAAAGUAAUUCACGAGACUUUUAAAGGGAAUCCCAUGUGAAUAAGAGCCAGCUUAACUUCGACUCUUACAUUGCGGGAGUAAAAAAAGCUAUGUCGGUGCCACUAAUCACAGGUCAUCUGCUGCGAAUCUAGGUAGCUGAAUGCAUACCAAAGGGGGAAGUUUGCACAUGCUCUGCACUUGUGUGCUUUGUUUUACAAUGAACUGCACUGUACGCAUAUUCCAAGAGCUCACAUGAUGACCUACAUACAUCAGUCGCUCUCAUGCAGCUCUCAUUCAUGAUGACCCACGUCAGUCGAGUAGUUUAUUUUUUUAUUUUGCCCUACAGCUGCCCACAGAUGUAGCUGGUGAAAAAUUAUUGGCGUGUGACCGUUCUUUCCGCAGGGUUUGUAUUCUAGGCCCUUGAUGUUGUUCUUGCCACCAAAUGUGAGGCAUGCGUCACAAGUUCUCACAACCACGAGAUAUUUCUGAACGUUUCACAAGUCACACUGUCUUAUCACAAAGCUGUGAAAUGAGUCCACACUGGGUAACUACACAAAACACGUCAGCAUCUUGUUGGCCUGGUGGCUAUUGUGUUUGGGUUGAAUGCUUAGAUAAGCCAAGCUAUGCUCUAUGCAAAAAUGUGUGCUUUGUUUGCUGAUUUCUAAUGUUUCUCAUUUAAAGGGCCAGUCAACAGGCUACAAAACGCGCAGAAUAAGCUCGCGCUUUUUUCCUGCGCGUGACCAACCUCCUUCAACGAUUUCGGCACAUGGCCCUGUGGCCAAUGUGCCAAAAUCUGCACACAGCCCUCUGCACAUGGCCCUGUGGUCUGUGUAAAUUUGCAUGAGCAAAGCGCCAACUGACAUGCCUUGCACUGCUGUCGGGUGCUCGGGACUACCUGGUGUUGUUAUUAAAUGCAAGAUGUAGCACUGUGUAAGUAGCAUUCGUAACAUCGUUGUAUACAUAAGAAUGCCACAUUCGGUGUAGUGCAUAUGAACUGAAUUUCUGUGCACGAGCUCUAUACUAAGUUUGGAGAUCUUAGGUGCACUAUGCCCCUAAAGACGCAGUGUAAACAUUUCUAACACUUGCUGUUGUAAGCAAGAUGAACGGUAGUGGGCCACUACCACUCUGAAAUUGGACUUAUUGGUACAAGUAUAGAACUUAUGCAGGAGGCUUACAGACGCAGAUAGUGGGCGGCGACAAUUGGCACAAAAACCACAGCACCGAUCAUAACAGCUUAUGCUCGGCUCUUCAGGCUAAGGUGGUGGUCCACUACGGCAUAUCUUUGCAUAUCGUUCUUCUUCCUCCUUACGCUGUUAUUGAAAUUUGUUCCACAAAUUGCACUAUGUUAAUUUGAGCCAAGAUAUUUUGCAUGCUACCAGAAAAGUCUAGCGUACAAACAUUUUGUCAAUAACUACAAUUUCAAAUAAUCUUUAUGUAGACUCUUCUCUCUGUUGCUUCUAUUUUACGAUUUUGAUAACUUUCAAAGUGCAUGCAGUGCGAGUUAUACUAUACUCAUGUAAACUGAGGCUGCGCUGCUUUUUAGAUGUGUGCUGUAGAUGCAUAUAUUAGGGACCUUCUGUUUUAUCAUAAGUUACAUACAUGGUCCUCUACGUUAUACGCUUUUGUAAAUCUAGUUUAGGAAUCUAGCUGUUUGGUAGCUGGCCAGACCUGUCCUGUUGUUGACCAUGUAGCUUGUGCGUGUUUGCUACUCUAUAGAUGCCACAUGUCACUCCCACUUUCCUUUUUGUCUACUUUGCGCUCAAUUCUGUUUCACUGCAGUUGUCUCAUGCCUUAGUUAUCAUUUCAACGCUGUCAACUUUUUCAUGUUCUGGGCAAGGGAAAGUACAAUAUUUAAGCUGUGCACCAGUAGCUCUCUGUCUGGAAGAGAACCAGAGUAUUUUCAUUGGAAGGAGCGACGAGACUUGCAAGCUUAAAUGAGAAUUAGGGGAAUGACCAGUACUCUGCGUGUUUGCAGAGAUGCAUCUCCUGAAUGUAGCGUGCUUUGGUGUUUGUUAUUAUUUGCUCCAAUAUUAACCUGUCAGUUCUGCGUGUGUGCUUAUGAACUUUAUGAACGUGUCCUUUAUUGCUGCUGUUUCCCUUCCCAAUGUAUAGGUUAUAUUGUUUUCAGUCCACUGGUACUGCCACGUAGAAAAUGUUGGUCUGUCAAAGCAAGAGUCAUGCUUUCAUAGCUCGUUCAGGGUGUUGCGGGCUUCGUUACAAUCUUGAAAGGCCAUAUGAUUGUUUAUGCGAUCGUCUUGCUGCUUGCAAUCUAAUGAGUGGUGGUAUAGUCACACCAAUUCUGUUGCUUCAUCUUGACAUGCCAGCGUGUCUUUGUUUUCAUUUAAGUGUUGUUUCGUAACAUGCCAAUUUUAGAAUUACUAGAUCAUAUUUCGUUAAUAUAUGAGUUUGCGCCAUUUCGUCAGUCUUUGCUUGUGGGACCACUUCUCUUUAAAAUCAAAUGUUAUUUCUUUUUCUUUUGAGAUGCUGCGCGUCAAGAAGCUUUCUCGCCGUAUACAUUGUUUUUCUUUUUUUACUGCCUCGCCAUUUUGUGUUGUUGCAAUUUGGUGACUUAGAACAAAAUAUGUGAACCUGUGCAGAAACAUCUGUCGAUCACUUUCAGAAAUGUAUUGAGCAGAUAUUUUACAAAGUGUUCAUUCCUGAUAUGUGCUGACGAAGUUAGCUAUGGUAAUUACGGUGAUGUGCACCAAAAUGUAGAUGUCUUUUUUUGUUACCUUUUCUAUAUUUAUAGAACGAGUAGAUUUUUAAAAAUGUGUGUUGACGCAAUGCCACAUGUGGUGUCCGCGUGUACUUCCCGCAGGCCGUUUUGUAAUGAAUAAUGAAUAAAUACAUGUUAAUUAAUAUUUUUUA